UAACUCUAAGUUAGUCUCGAUAUCGUCGCUUCGCUUACGACUUGUAUACUUGCUGUAGACCGUGUAGGCCACACCCCUUCCGCACUGAACCACCACACCAUCCACCAGUCUCUGAAUCAUCGAAACGACGAUGCCAGCACCGGAAAGCUGGGCGGCCAUAGACUCGCCCCGCGUCGGGACUCUGAGCGAGGUUUCUGAAGAGAGCAUUGUACCCGUACCAGGACGCGCAAGCCCAGGACCACGCUCGCCAUACUACCACGCCGCGCUCUCAGGAUCCACGUCGACGUUCAAGGCACCCGCAGCCGCGAACCUCAGCUCGAGCAGCCUCGGUGGAAGCAUGACGGGCUCGUCGUCGCGACCCCCAGCGGGUCCACGCAGCCCUUCCGUAACGAUACGCCCGACGGGGUCGCGAUCGGCAAGCGACGCGAGCUCAAGUCUUGGUUCGACCGCAGCGAAUGGGCGAAGCACGCCUGCAGUACGUGCGCCAGGGACGCCGAGGCCAGAGUCCCCCGGCUCCACAAAAGACAAGGAGAAAGAUGGGGAGCGGGAGGGCCAGCGAGAAAGACCAAAGGACAGGGACAGGGAAAGAGAGAAGGGGAGGGACCGGAAUGGGAAGAGCACGAGGGGCAUUGCGAACGCGGGUCCCCCGCAGCCCCGGGUGCGGAACACACCUCACCUUCCGCAUUCAAAGGACGUCGAGCUCGCGCCGGCGACGCUCAUGUACUGGAGCCGCGCGCCGGUGUACGGCCUGCUCCCGCAACACGGUGUGCGUGCGCACAGCGUGACGCUUGUCGACAACAUCGCAUGGGUGUUCGGCGGAUGCGACGAGAAGGGCUGUUGGCGGGACGUCUAUCUAUUCAAUACUGAGACGAUGCAGUGGGUACAUCCGACAAUGCUCGGUGACAUCCCGCCUCCGUGUCGCGCGCACACCGCGACCCUGGUCGACCGGCGGAUCGUCGUGUUCGGCGGAGGCGAGGGCCCUGCGUACUACAAUGACGUCUACGUGCUGGACACGGUCAGCCGGCGGUGGAUCCACAAGGUCUUCCCGGAGGACACGGUGUUACCGCCGCCUCGGCGAGCGCACACCGCGGUGCUCUACAAGGGGAAGGUCUGGGUGUUUGGCGGGGGAAACGGGAUGGAGGCGCUGAACGAUGUCUGGACGCUCGAUUGCAGUGGGCCGACGGAGCGUAUGCGGUGGGAGCAUAUGGAGACGCGGGGGCGGAGGCCGUUGCCGCGCGGGUACCACACCGCGAACCUCGUCGGGAACGUGAUGGUCGUCGUCGGUGGGAGCGACGGGCGCGAGUGUUUCUCGGACAUCUGGUGCCUCAACCUUGAUACUCUGUGGUGGAGCCAGCCAAAGCUGGAAAACUCAUACCGUCGCCUGUCGCAUACGUCGACACAGGUCGGAUCAUAUCUGUUCAUCAUGGGUGGACACGACGGGAGUCAAUACACGUCGGAGCUGUUGUUGUUCAACCUCGUUGCACUGAGCUUCGAGCCACGGGCGACAGCGGGAAAGCCGCCCUCGCCGCGUGGGUACCACGUCUCCUUCCUUGCAGACAGCCGGCUGUUCAUCUUCGGGGGAUUCAACGGGAACGAAGUGUUCGACGACGUGCACCUGCUCGACCUCGCCGGUGCUGCAUACCUCCCGCAGGUCACCAGCUUCCGUAUAGACGUCUAACAGUGUCGAUUUGAAGGGUCCCUUGAGGGAGACUGCUGCUUACGCUACCACACGCGGCCCUGGACGCUGGGGUUCGGGGCGUAAAUUAUGCUGUUCGUUCGGUUGUUAUAUUUACCACAGUAAGGGCAGUCAUAAUCACUGUUGUAUCUGAGUCUUCAUCUUGAAGCCAUAACUUCUGCACGGAAUAAUUUGCACAUACA